CCACGAGAACCAUGUGGAUGCGACCACACCGGUGGAAUUAUAAGGCUUUAGAACGACGAUGGCUCCUGCGAUUUUUUUCCUAAUUUUUCCUUUUUGCCUUCACUGAUUAGAACGAAAAAACCUUUGUCUAUUCGCCUCAUUCCCUUCUUCCCUCUUUCGUGUUCUUCCGGAGUUUGCGGUGGAUCUAUCCAUGGCUGCCUCUUCCGCGGCUGUUCUGGCAGCUGGAUCGUGCCACCAGAAUGCCACCAAAGAGUUUAUCACCGGCUCCCAGCAGAUCUGCUCGAGCUUGACUGCAAUCUGUCAAACCAACAGGCUGCGCGUUGGAUCGCACGACUUCUCCAGGCUGCGAGUGAGAUCCAGAACCGCUCCACCCGGUGUCACUGUGGAGGCCACAUUCAAAGAUGUGCUAAAAUCCGUGGUGAGGUUCGCUGCAAACACUCCCGCGAAGUUCUUCCUCCAGCAACUAGACAGGGAGCUGGAUCGCGCCGAGGAGAGCAUCAAAGACAGCGCCGCGGUGAUCAAAGGGAUGGCCAACACCGUCGAAAAACUCGCCGAGUAUGCCGAUAAGGCGGCGGACGGCGUCGAGGAGCUUAUAGAGAAGGUGGAAGCCACAGCCGAGGAGAUUCACGACGAGAUCGAGGAAAUCCUUGACACUGUGGAAGAAGAGAAGAAAACCGUGAAAGUUCUCGCGGAAAAGCUUGAGAAGGGGGAGCUAGACGCUACUGCCUGAUCAUAUAGAAACUUGUUAAUAUCAUACAUUCAAAGAAAGUUCUUGAGUUCUUAACUGAGCUCGUUAUCAAUCGAAGAGAACUUGGAGGUGAA